AUGGGUAAAUUGGACGUCUGGGACGGCCGCUGCGAGCUCUUGACUCGCUCUCACAAGUUCAACGACAAGGAUCACGCCGGCCUAGCCGACGGUACAGUUCUCCCGCAGGAGAAUGUGCCAAAGUUCUUUGCCAAGAACGGGUUUGCCGAUGUCGACCCUAAGAAGACCAAGAAGAACGGCGGAGGAAAGGGCAACUGGGGCAACGCUGGUGAGGAGGUGAUUGACGAACCGUUCAACUUCACCAACUCGCGCCGCCGCUCCAACAGCAGCGGCUUCUCAACCCACCCCGAGAACCUGCGCACCAAGUUCGAGUUCAACGAGCCCGAGCCCGUCUUUGAGGAGUCGCUUCACGGCCCCGAGGGCGACGACGAGCUCAAGACGGAGAGCUCGUCGAGUGGCGCCAGCGUCGACGGCGAGAAGGGGGUCAAGGAUAUGUAAGCGAUGUAGCGGAUAUCUAUAUGCGAGGCAGUCACCCGCAUGCACGCUGCUGCUGCGGCGGGACUCCAUUAUCUUGGCGGAGGGUUAUUUCUGGCUGGGCGAUCUGGCCGGGACAUCUUCUAUCUGGCUGCCUCUAGGCCUGGGGAUUGUGCUUUGCUUUUCAAUAGUAAUUGCGUCGCGGUUAGCACGCCGCCUGUACAGUAGUUAAUUUACGAUUUAAUUGCCUGA